GCCAGACCGGAGAGAAAAUGCCUGGGAAAAAUAAUUCUGAAGAUUUGAGUAGUUUUCAAUCUAAGAUACCGAUGGGGCCAUGAUAAUCGAAUUCUGCGUUUCACUAGAUAAAGGAGAUAAAUCUAGUUUUGAGAAGCCGAGCUGACCUUUGCCAUGAUUGCUUCCGCCAUCGGUAUACGCGUACAUUGUUGAUCUCGAGCGAAGUUAUGGCUGAAGGACGAUCAGAAGGUCCCUUUGAAAUAGACUACCCAGAGGGUGUCCCGUACAGCCCUUGGAACUUUAACAUCUACACCAUGUUAACCAUUGUUAAAAAGACCUGUUUUGGACAUGUCAAGACUAACUUGCAUCAUUUACUCAAUCACCUAAUGCCAGGAACAACACAAAUGCUUUUAGAGCAUAGUAAAUCCCUCGAACUGGAUAACUGCUUUAUAGCAGGUCAAAAAUUUGAUGGGGAGCGGGUUGGAAGUAUGCCAGAAGAUGUGCCCAUAAUUCAACCAAUAAGACAACCUAUCGACUCGAAAGAUGACAUUAUGAGAGAUAUUGGCUUUGCGUUCGAAUGUGAUUAUAACCUCUGUUUCAAGGAUAUCUCCGCAAGCGAAAAUCCACGACAGAGAGUUGAUUUGGAUUCUCCAGAGGAGCAGCUCCAAUUGCAAGUCCUUCCUUCGUUGCUUCCUGGCUAUGCCCGAUUGGCCGUCCCUCCAAAUGUGGACUGGUUACCAGGUCUGCAGAGUCUCUGCGUUCAAGAUGAAGAAGUCACGUUUUUAUCCUCAGAGCUUCUUAUUGAACAGAUGUACAACGUGUUAACAAUCAUCACAGCCAUAUUAAACGUGCACAGAAUUAAGAAACACCACAACAACGACAAGCCACACAACGAAGAAGAUUGCAUAUCCCUUGGGGACUACCUCCAGUACGUGGGACAGGCAGGUCCAGCGGUUCACGUGGUCAUGUGCAUGGGAGAUUUGAGUCCCCAAAAAGAGAGGCUCCUUUUCCUCACGGAGGAUGUCAGUUUGUCUGUACCUUGUAAAGAAUGGCCCAGCUGUGCCAAAGAAUGGCCUACGAGGGACAGGCCAUUAGGUUGGCCACCACAGGAAGUUAUCAAGAAGGUAAUACAAGAUGGAUGCCACAUUGUGCCGAAGUUUGACGCGGGAGUAAAAAGCUCACUAACGCUAAGUAACGGUGAAAUGGCGGAGGGUGCGGAGGCUAGUAAGUCCCCCCAGACCCAAUGGAGGUACUCGUUUUCGUUUGCUGAAAGGACCCUAAUGAACUCCAUCACAGACGAGCAGAAGAUGUGCUACCUUAUUUUCAAAUAUUUAUUCUCACGUUACAUCAAGCUAGAUUCAGUGAUCACCACCUACACUGCAAAAACACUCUUUCUGUGGGCCCUGGAAACCGUGCCUGCUAAUCAGUGGACCAAAGCAACCGUCGGUGACCGCGUAAAAGACCUGAUGGAAGACCUGAGAACCUGCAUUAAGAAGAAGCACUGUCCACAUUACUUCAUCAAUGGAUCGAACACUCUCCAGCAAAUGGACGAAAAAAGCCUUAAAGUUACCUUAGAGAAUGGGUUGUCUAUGCUGGAUGAAGAAAUGGCAGAGGCACCAGUUUUGGGCUCAGACACAUUCGAAACGUCCUCGGACUUCCCUGUCAACUUCAUGUUUACGUACAAAUCGUUCUACCCAAUCAACGCUUGGCUGGAAUCACUGAACGCUCAGAUGAUGGCGAAACUUGAUGCACCGAGUAAAGUUCCCUCAGCGCAGAUCCUGGCAGAUUUCUUGGACAGCUCGAAAACUCACCCACUUGUGAUGACAGAGAUUUUAAAAUAUCUUGUUCUGUCGGAUGAAAUUUACAAACAGCCUCUACCCGUCCCAGAGUCCCUUCUGAACCACGAAAAGGUUACACAGCUGAUCAAAUUCUUGGAAAAAUCCAUCACAACACCAGAGAAGUACAGAGAAAGCAUGACGGAACUUGACGUUGAGAUCAAGUUUCUUCAUUUACAGUUCCGAAUAGUCGACGAGCUCCAACAGUUUUUCACAGAAAACCCAAAUUUCGCCUUCAGCUUCGAGUCAAGCAAGCUCUGACGAAGACAGAUCCGAAGGAGAUGAGUGACCUCGAGUUACUGCCACUUUUCGGGAUACUGGAGGACGUUCCUACAAAUUUUUCCUGAAAACUCUAAGUUUUUCCUGUAUAACAGUUACAAAAUUGACUGUUAACUCACCCCGAAUGGUUAAGAUGGGCCAUCGGAGAAACCUAUAAACUAUAAUAGCACUGAAACUUUUUCUGGCCAAGUGCGUUUGCGCUUCAAAUUUCUUCAAUAAGAACAACAUAAAAUUAGUUGAUAAUCAAUGAUAAGUUGAGAUAUCUUUAUUCACAUUUCGUUUCAAUUAUUCCCUUGCUGAGAAAGUUUGUUAAAAGGAACCUUCAUUUCAUGAUAGCGGCAACAAGACGCUAGGCGAGGCUUGUUAGGGACUGUAACCUAGAUACAAGAAAUUCUCUCGAAGACUUCACGGCUGGUAUCAAGGCGGAGGUUUGGUGGAGGUGAUACCGCCAAUCAGCGACACAAACGCUAAGGACACCUAACCCCAACCGAAGCUCGUAUUCGCUACGCCUCUCCAACUCAGGUAGAAGCAAUGAUGGAAAUUUAAUGCAUAGGGCUGUUCCUCAGCGUUCACGUAAGAGAGAAGUUAGUUAUUUUGGUUCCUCAUUUGUAAAAUGAAAUUCUGUUGAUUCAAAAAACAGGUAUCACGCUUUAAGUCGGCGGGGUAUGUGAAAAGAGGACUGGGUAAAGGUUUGAGCUCUAAGCGGGGCGGGUCAUUGAGGCCAAUGGGCCACUAAGCUAAAUUUGCACGUUUUAUUCGCAUGGAGAGAAAGGAUAUCAAUCAAAGCUUUGAAUAUGAAUAGAAGGCGUUGUUUUCGUAUGGAGGACAUUGACACUGCAGCGAUUACACCCACAAAGGGGCAAAUUACCAAUCUCUUUCAAGUAGUCACUUUUAUUCGAUUGAUAAGUGCAACACUGUAUUUCAGAAAAGUUUUUUGGAAAAAGUUUGCUUAUCUACAGAGAUGUAAAAAGGCUCCUUUUUCAGAACAUGAACCAGGUUCUCGCUCUCAGGAAAAGGAACAAAAAAGCAGGUGCCCCAAACAAUGCAGAUUAGUGCUUUUCACGCCACAUAUUUAAAAAGAAGAUAGUUUAACUGAACAGCAACAUUAAAUAUCGAAUGCUUCCUUAAAAUUA